AAAAGGGCGGAACUUAAGUUGACUGAACGUCCUUGUUUUUACUUUUGAAUUUUGAUUGAAAGACGAGUAUGGAUGCUUAUGCUAAAACGUCUGUUUGUUGUUUCUAAGACUAUUCGUAAAUUAUGGAUACGGACAUAGCAGAUCAGUUAUUUUCAGGUGUUCUCUAUGCUUUCUCUGAAUAUUCCAGGACUGUGUGUGUAAAAUAUGGAUCGUGAAGCUGGACAGGACUCCUCUAAAUGUGGAAGCUUGAGAGCUCUCAGCCGCUGGGGCAGGUUCUUUUGUGGUCCACAGAAUCUCACAUUGAAAGAUGUGUUUACGUGGCAGCUCUUCAAAUCUAUUGCAAUGGGUCAAGCCCUGUCCAUGUUGAUAUGUGGGACAGCAGUCACUUGUCAGUAUCUGGCUGAUGCCGGCAUAGCGACACCAAUGCUGCAAAGCUUCCUCAAUUACACCUUGCUGCUGCUCACCUAUACUUUAGCCCUGGCCUUCAGGAAAGGGGAAAGCAAUAUUUUUCCAAUUCUAAAAACAAAGUGGUGGAAGUAUUUACUGGUGGCUUUUGCGGAUGUGGAAGCCAAUUACACAGUUGUGAAGGCAUACCAGUUCACUACCCUUACAAGUAUACAGCUGCUGGACUGCUUUGUAAUCCCAGUUCUGAUGGUGCUCUCAUGGAUCUUCUUGAAGACUCGCUAUAGGACUUUGCAUUUUGUAGCUGUGGCUGUGUGCUUGCUUGGGGUUGGGGCAAUGGUGGGAGCAGAUCUUCUGGCUGGAAGAGAUCAAGGCUCAAGUAGUCAUGUAUUGUUGGGGGAUGGACUAGUGUUGGUCAGUGCUGCUCUGUAUGCUGUGUCUAAUCUCUGUCAGGAAUACACAGUGAAAAAUCUGAGCAGGGUGGAGUUCUUGGGUAUGAUGGGACUGUUUGGCACCAUCAUCAGCAGUGUGCAGAUGGCUAUAUUUGAAUACAAAGCUAUACCUGCCAUCAGUUGGGACUGGAGAAUAUGCCUGCUCUUUGUAGCUUAUACCCUGUGCAUGUAUGGGCUGUACAGUUUCAUGCCUGUAGUGGUGAAGAUGACGAGUGCCACAGCAGUAAACCUCUCCUUACUGACUGCUGACCUCUUCAGUCUCUUCUGUGGCAUGUUCCUCUUUCUCUUCAAUUUCUCGGGCUUGUAUAUUGUGUCUUUUGUGGUGAUUACCCUUGGUUUCAUCAUGUUCAACGUUGUGCCGACCUACACAGCAGACCAGUCAAAUUCCACCAUUAAUGGGACAUACCGUCUUGCUUCAUCUGCGGAUACCCAACAAGAUGGAGACAUUGCAGUAGACUGGCUGCAGAAGGGAGGACAUUGGACAGAGUGCAGUCCCAUAGAACCUUGCAAUGGACCAUGUACUCUGACAUAAAGCUCUAUGGUGUAGACACUAUUAUCGUUUGUUUGCCAAAGGCAGUGUUUGAUCGAUUAUUUGUCAUGGAUUUUAAGUGCACUUAAUGUACCUUCACACUAUUUUGUUUCAUUUACACUCUUAUGUUUAAACGUUAUUGAGUUGCAAAGAGUGGCCGAGGUUCAGAGAGGACGCACAAAAAUUAUUCCAAUACAGAUGAAAAAGAAAGAAUCACUGCGCCCUACUAAGUUAGGGUGCGAAGAUCCAUUAGCCUUAACAAUGACAAAAGAAAAAGGAUCUGCACUCCUUUUUUCACCUUUUUGUAAUUUUAUUUUUUCUCACCAGUCAGGGGACACAUGUUUUGGCCUCAUGACCCUCCUACCUCAUCUGACUGGUGAGGAAAAAUUACAUUACAAAAAGUUGAAGAAGGGUGUGUGAAUCAAGUAUUACCUUAAACCAGUGCUAGUCCAUUGCUUUUGUUUUUAGAAGGACAGUUACUAGUGAUGCUGCUUCCAGUAUCUUCCAAUGUCUUAUUAAUAUUCUUUAUUUUUGGCCCCCCUGAAUGAACAAACCACCUAGGGAACCAGUCGCAAUUGAAAAACUUGCAUUUCCAUUUUUUUAUUUUAUUGUUAUGGAAUGACCUGUAAUGUUGGUCAGAUAAUGUGAGUUUUGUAGGUCACAUAUUCUACUUGUUACUUUCAUUUACAGUUUUCAUAUGCAUAUAUAUACAUGUGUAAGUCAUUCUGAGCAUGCAACUAAAAUGUCAAAUCUUGACAAAACCAACAAGAUAUUUAUAAAUGUACACUAUAUGAAUAAACACGAGUAUAAUGUAACAGGAAAGUCCCUAUGAUUUGAAGAUCAAUCGUCCAAUCCUAUGUUUUUUUUUUUUUUUUUUUUACAACAAAGACCAGAAUUGCAGAUUUCAUGGCUUUUCUGUUAGUAAAUAAAUAAACCAGUACAUUAAUGGUCAAAACUAUUGAGUCUUUUAUUUG